AUGCGCGUCGUUUCUGCGAUUCCUGGAAGUGCGACGUGCGUCGUUUCUGCGAUUCCUGGAAGUGCGACGUGCGUCGUUUAUGCGAUUCCUGGAAGCGCGACAUGUGUCGUUUUUGCGAUUCCUGGUAGCGUGACGCGCGUCGUUUGUGCGAUUCUUGGAAACGCGAUGUGCGUCGUUUCUGCGAUUCCAGGAAGUACAAUGUCGCGUCGCUUCUGCGAUUCCGGAAGCGCGACAUGUCGCGUCGUUUCUGCGAUUCCAGGAAGCGCGAUGUCGCGUCGUUUCUGCGAUUCCAGGAAGCACAAUGUGCGUCAUUUCUGCAAUUCCAGGAAGUACAAUGUGCGUCGUUUCUGCGAUUCCAGGAAGCGCAAUAUGUGUCGUUUCUGCAAUUCCUGGAAGCGCGAUGCGUGUCGUUUCUACGAUUCCUGGAAGCGCGAUGCGUGUCGUUUCUACGAUUCUUGGAAGCGCGAUGCGUGUCGUUUCUACGAUUCCUGGAAGCGCGACGCGCGUCGUUUCUGUGAUUCCUGGAAGCGCGACGCGCGUCGUUUAUGUGAUUCCUGGAAGCGCGACGUGCGUCGUUUCUGUGAUUCCUGGAAGCGUCAUUUUUGCGAUUCUUGGAAGCGCGACGCGCUUCGUUUCUACGAUUCUAGAAGCGUGACGUGCGUCAUUUCUGCGAUUCUUGGAAGCGUGACGUGCGUCGUUUCUGCGAUUCUUGUAAGCGUGACGUGCGUCGUUUCUGCGAUUCUUGGAAGCGUGACGUGCGUCGUUUCUGCGAUUCCAGGAAGCGUGACGUGCGUCGUUGCUGCGAUUCCAAGAAGCGCGAUGUGCGUCGUUUCUGCGAUUCCUGGAAGCGCGAUGCGCGUCGUUUCUGUGAUUCCUGGAAGCGCGAUGCGCGUCGUUUCUGCGAUUCCAGGAAGCACGAUGUGCGUCGUUUCUGCAAUUCCUGGAAGCGCGACGACGUCGUUUUUGCGAUUCCUAGAAGCGCGACGACGUCGUUUCAGCGAUUCCUAG